AUGACACAAUUUCCCGGACUCGGGAGAGUAGUCUUGGUCAUCAUGGUAAGUGCUAUGGUAAUCGUCAAAACAAGGUUGAACAACAUGGCAAGUCAUUCAUUCCUUUCUGUUUCUGUGAUUUCAACUAAUUUCCAUUCAACCUCGACACACUUUGCGGCAAGAGUCAAACGCAUAAUGAAACGAUUUCACUUCAUCGCCAUAGGUCUAAGGCAUUCAUUUGGUAUCUGGACCUGUAGCAACCAAGCUACAUGGCAGAUACUCUGCUCAGUGCUGACGUGA